AUGGCAACCCAGCCUGGUUACCCACAAGUCGCGUGGUUGUGGGAGAAGCGGUCACGUGCACGUCAGCGGCAGCGGCGCCCCCGCCCCGCCCCGCCCCGCACGGACGAUCCCAGCACGCCCCGGGCCGUUGCUGCGAUACCUCCCCCAGGACACGCGGUGGCGCUGCGGCCCCGCCGAGGCCCGGGCUUUCUCGCGCGUUCCUCAUCGCUCAGGCUGGUGCGGACUCUGAGGGCGGCGGCGACGCGCGGGGCGGCCGCGGCUGUCCCACCUGGCACCCUGGCCCUUCUCUGCUUGGACGGUGUUUUCCUCUCCCCAGCCGAGAAUGACUUUGUCCACACCAUCCAGGAGGAGCUGGACCGCUUCCUGCUGCAGAAGCAGCUGUCAAAGGUCCUUCUCUUUCCCCCACUCUCCAGUCGCCUGCGGUACUUGAUCCAUAGGACAGCAGAGAAUUUUGAUCUCUUGAGCAGCUUCUCCGUUGGGGAGGGCUGCAAGAGGAGGACUGUCAUCUGUCACCAGGACAUCAGGGUACCCAGUUCAGAUGGUCUUUCUGGCCCCUGCCACCCUCCUGCCUCCCACCCCGGCAAGUACCGUGGUCCCCGGCUCACCUCCAACCAGGGAGCGACUGCUGAUCCCCAAGGCACGCGGGGCAUCCGGUGGCAUCGUGGACGCAAGCCAGACCAGCCUUUGUACGUGCCCCGGGUGCUGCGCAAGCAAGAAGAGUGGGCACCGACCUCUACCCCGGGGCUCAAGGGACUCACCUCCAACCAGGGAGCGACUGCUGAUCCCCGAGGCACGCGGGGCAUCCGGUGGCAUCGUGGACGCAAGCCAGACCAGCCUUUGUAUGUGCCCCGGGUGCUGCGCAAGCAAGAAGAGGAGUUCCUGUGUUGA